AAGAACCGACGUGAACAACGCCGCGACAUUCUGUUCCUUAGCAACAGCUAAAUAAUGAAAGGGUGAACACUGGCUGUUCUCAUUUCGGUUUACGCACACAUGGGAGAGUUAGUCACAAUACAUGACAAAUUCGAUUUAUAUUUAACUGUAACGUUUUAAUUUCUAACGCCGGAACGGAUUAUUUUGUAUCACACGGAACCGGUAGCGUCGGGGUCGGAAGCUAAAUCUGUAAACAAACGUAACGCUCGUUAGCAACAGUUUCUGUUGGGUUAAACACAUGUGCAAAAUCUGCUGUGGACAAACUAAGCAAGAAGAUGUUUAAAAACACAUUCCAAAGCGGAUUCUUGUCUAUUUUAUACAGCAUCGGGAGCAAACCACUUCAGAUAUGGGACAAAAAGGUGAGGAAUGGUCACAUCAAGAGAAUAACAGACAAUGACAUCCACUCGCUGGUGUUGGAGGUUGAGGGGACAAAUGUCAGUACCACCUACAUAACAUGUCCUGCAGACCCCAAGAAGACACUGGGCAUCAAGCUACCUUUUCUCGUUAUGAUCAUCAAGAACCUCAAGAAGUAUUUCACUUUUGAAGUCCAGGUGUUGGAUGAUAAAAAUGUUCGUCGGCGAUUUCGAGCGAGUAACUAUCAAAGCACAACGCGGGUGAAGCCGUUUAUCUGUACCAUGCCCAUGAGGCUGGAUGAUGGCUGGAACCAGAUUCAGUUCAACCUGUCGGACUUCACCAGGAGGGCCUAUGGAACCAAUUACAUUGAGACAUUGCGUGUACAGAUCCAUGCUAACUGUCGAAUAAGAAGAGUGUAUUUCUCAGACAGACUAUACUCUGAGGAUGAGCUCCCAGCAGAGUUUAAACUCUACCUGCCUGUCCAGAACCAGAAAGCAAAGCAGUAGAUUCUCCACCCACACUGUUCCCCCCAGACUUGAUGUGGAGUGUAGCUGUAAGAUUUUCUGUGCGUAGACAUGUGAUGAACUUUACACUUUGUAACAUUAUAUUGUAAUUUUGGAACUAUGAGUUUUGAGUGCCGUCUUGUGUUGCUUUCUGCACAAUAAAUUUUUUUAUGGACUCA